CCGCCCAUCUCUUCCCUCCUCACUCUUUACCACUUCGCGCUGAUAGUUCGUCCGCUCUCGGGAGUUUCCAGUGUAUUGCUUUAAGGGGUUACAUCUGGUUAGAAUUUUUUUUUUUUGCAUUUUUUUUAUUGACUGAAAUUGCGUCAAAACAUUCCUAGAUUAAUAAUCAAUAACGGCCAAGCAUGAAAAGACUUCAGAAAUGCUCUAAAAAUUGGUUUUUGUAGAGCAACUUUAAGAUGUUAAAAGAGCGAAUUUCGAGUAUAUCGUUAACGCACAAUCAUGUGCGUUGCAAUUAAGUGUUUACCGUUGAUAUUUUGAUUUCGUAAUUUAUUUAAACCUUCUGAAUCAUGAGUGAUAAAGUGUAUAGUGGCAAGAAAGGCAAUAGGGGCGGAUACACUCAAAAUCAAAAUGAGUCUUUUAACUCAGUCGUAUGGGCCAUCGCUCCAAAAUCGAUGUCAAGCGGAAAGAAAAUUCUCGAUAUAGCGACUGAUAUCUCCACCAUCACUUUCAACGAGGGAUUAUCCGGCUUAUUUUCCAUCUACGAUGCACUAGGCAUGACAGUUGGGCGUUUUUUACUCGACUUCUGUAUGGAAUCGGACGCAAAUCGCAUUAAGGCCGCUGAACACUCGAUUUCAGAAGUCGAGAAAAUGGCGAGACGCAGUAUUACUUCGUCGAGAAAGGAACAAGAGGACCAAAAUUCUAAUUUGGAAGGGCAGUUGUAUGGUGCUGGGAUAGCAGAGUGAAGAUGAUGGUGCAGGAGACUUCUACUGCGUGCAGCGGAGCCAUAUUUUUAAACAUCACUUUAUAUUUAUCUAUCGGAAGCCGCCAUUUUGUUUAAUUUUGUCAAUAAACAAUUUUUUUAAUAUACCUGAAGAGUUGCUUAAUUGAUCUUUAUAAUAUUUGUUUAUGUUUAUUCAAAAACCUACUCAGAAAAAAAAUUUGAAAAAAGCCUAUUUUUUAGGCCUCCAACCAGAUGUAACCCCUUAAAUUCUCACAUUACUUAUGUGACGAUUACUGAAGCAAAGGUGACGCUAAUAGGGCAUUUACUUUA